UAUCCUCCUGUGUGACCUCUCACCUAUCAACUCCUCCUACUACUCAUCAAGAGAACCCAACCACUGGAGAAGUGGGCAUACAUGCAGCAGCAGCAGCGGCUCACAGCUAAUUAGUCCAAAGCCCAAAUCGAGCCAAGCACAGAAGAAUUCAUUCAUUGCCGCCGCGUGCCGUGGGCGGCGUGGCGCUCGCCGCGGUGGUCACACCCCUCUCAAUCGUCGUCGUCGCCCUCUCCUCCCUCCCUGCCCUCUUGUUUUUCUUUCUUUCUUCCUUUGCUUUUCCCUGCCUCCUCUGCAAGAUCAGCUCGAUCCGCCGCCCGUCGCCAUUGCUGUCGAUCUCCUUUUGGCUCCAUGGCGAGGCUGUGCAGGGCGGCGGCGGUGGUGACGGUGUUGGUGCUCUUCUUGCAGCUUCAGCUAGGCGGCGGCAGCGGCAGCGGCAGCGGCAGCGGCCAUGGUGGUGGUCGGCAUGGCGUGCGCCCUGCAGCUCGGCUGAUCCAUGCAGCCAACCACGGCAAGAAGCAAUCUUUGCAGCAGAGCAGGCACGCCGGCAGCAAGGCAGGAUGGCCGAACCCGCCUUCGUCGUCGGCGUCGACGACGACGACGACGCCGGCGAACCCGUUUGGGCUGCCGAUGCUGCUUCCGCCGCCGUUGCGGGAGUGGCCGCCCUGGUUCGACAUGCCGCCGGUGCAGGGCCCGUCGAGCGAGCCCGCGCCCGCGCCCGCGCCGGCCGCCGUCGCCGAGCACGCGGCGGCCCCGCGGCGCGGCGAGGAGGAUCACCCCCGCAGCAUCGCGUUGCCACCGGCCGCGGCGGCAGGCGGCACUAGCCGGCCGGAGGUGACGGCCGUGGACGGGGACGAUGACGAGGCGAGGAGGCACGGCGGCGGCGGCGGCGGCAGGACCAACUACGUGGUCGUCGCCGCGGCGGGGGCGUCCGUGCUGCUGGCCGUGUCGGUGGCGGCGUUCGUGCUGUGCUACCGGUCCAGCAAGGUGGUGACCGUCCGGCCGUGGGCCACCGGGCUGAGCGGGCAGCUGCAGAAGGCGUUCGUGACGGGGGUGCCGGCGCUGAAGCGGGCGGAGCUGGAGGCCGCCUGCGAGGACUUCAGCAACGUCAUCGGCUCCCUGCCGGAGUACGCCAUGUACAAGGGGACGCUCUCCAGCGGCGUCGAGAUCGCCGUCGUGUCCACAACCAAGACCUCCUCCAAGGAGUGGUCCAAGCGCUGCGAGACACAAUUCAGGAAGAAGAUAACGAGCUUGUCCAGGGUGAACCACAAGAACUUCGUGAACCUGCUGGGCUACUGCGAGGAGGAGCAGCCGUUCACGCGGAUGAUGGUGUUCGAGUACGCCCCCAACGGCACGCUCUCGGAGCAUCUCCACGCGAGGGACGACGGCCACCUGGACUGGGCGACGCGACUGCGCGUGGCGGUCGGCGUGGCCUACUGCCUGGAGCACAUGCACCGGCUCAGCCCGCCGGAGGUCGUGCGGACGCUGGACGCCUCCACCGUCUACCUCACCGACGACUUCGCCGCCAAGAUCUCCGACGUCUUCUUCUGCGGCGACGGCGGCGAGGAGGCGGCGAAGCCGGCCAUGGCCGACAGGGAGAGCGUGGUGCACGGCUACGGGAUGCUGCUGCUGGAGAUCAUGGCGGGGCGGUUCACGGCGUCGGAGGGCGGGCUGGUGCAGGGGUGGGCGGCGAGCUUCCUCCGCGGGGAGCGCCGCCUCAGGGACGUCAUGGACCCGGCGCUCGGGGGCGCCUUCCACGGCGAGACCGUCGACCGCCUCGACGCCGUCGUCCGGUCCUGCACCGACCGCGAGCCGCGGCGGCGGCCGGCCAUGCCCGACGUCGCCAGGCGGCUCAGGGAGAUCACCGCCAUGCCGCCGGACGCCGCCACCCCCAAGGUGUCGCCGCUCUGGUGGGCUGAGCUCGAGAUCAUCUCCACCGAGGCCGCCUGAAAGAUGAUGCCUACUACGAAUCACCCCUGCAUGCAGCAUCAAUUCCAUUUGUAAAUAUCACAUGAACCAAGAGAUCCAAUUCUUGUGUGGUGUUUCAACGAAACUGAAAUGUAAAACCCUGUGAAGUUUUUUUACCACAGUUUCACAACCAAUCUUCCUGAGAAAUACAGCUUUUGCAAAUUGCAGCAGAGUGCGAACCAAACCAGAUAAAAAAGAAAAUCAGUACUGAUGUUUCAUCCUGCAGAUAACUGAA